AUGACGAAGGAUGAGCACCCACAGCCCGAUAUCACAUUUGACGAGCUCAGUCAACUGCCACCUUUGUUUAAAGAUGGUCUCGUUACAUCUGGUAAUUGCACCGGAGCAAAUGAUGGCGCUGCAGCAGUGGUUUUAGCCAAUGAAGUAGCUUUAACAACCCAUAACUUAAAGCCGUUGGCACGAUUAGUGGGUUGGUCAACUGUAGGAAUAGAUCCAGUGAUGAUGGGAAUUGCGUCUAUUCCAGCUAUACAGUCACUUCUCAAGACUACAGGACUUUCUAUUGAUGACAUGGAUUUAUUUGAGAUACAUGAAACAUACGCCGCGGCAGCAUUGAUUAUUGCCAGGGAACUCGGCGUUGAUCACAACAAACUGAAUCUCAACGGUGGAGCACUCUCCAUCGGUCACCCGUCAGGGGCAUCGGGGGGAAGAUUGUUAACGCAUCUCACGAAUGAGUUAAGGCGACGAAACUUAAAGAGGGGAGUAACAGCAAUGUCUAUAGCUGGUGGGCAAGGCAUAGCCAUGAUCAUCGAGGCUGUUUAA